UUCGGGAGUUGCAAACUUGGGAUCCAGAGGCCCUCUGGGCUCAGGUGCCGGGAAGGAGCUGGAGCCGCCAUGCGGGACAGGACCCGAGAGCUGAGACAGGGGGAUGACAGUUCGGACGAUGAGGACGAGGAGCACGUCGCGCUGGUGGUCCAGCCGGGCACCGCGCGCCUGGGGAGCCCGGACGAUGAGUUCUUCCAAAAGGUCCGGACAAUUCGGCAGACUAUUGUCAAGCUGGAGAAUAAAGUCCGGGAGCUGGAGAAGCAGCAGGUCACCAUCCUGGCCACGCCCCUUCCCGAGGAGAGCAUGAAGCAGGACCUGCAGAAUCUGCGUGAAGAGAUCAAACAGCUGGGAAGGGAGAUCCGCUCUCAACUGAAAGUCAUAGAGCCGCAGAAGGAGGAAGCUGAUGAGAAUUAUAACUCGAUCAACACAAGAAUGAGAAAAACCCAGCAUGGGAUCCUGUCCCAGCAAUUCGUGGAGCUCAUCAAUAAGUGCAACUCCAUGCAGUCCGAGUACCGAGAGAAGAACGUGGAGCGGAUUCGGAGGCAGCUGAAGAUCACAAAUGCCGGAAUGGUGUCCGACGAGGAGCUGGAGCAGAUGCUGGACAGUGGGCAGAGUGAGGUGUUUGUGUCCAAUAUAUUGAAGGACACUCAGGUGACUCGACAGGCGCUAAAUGAGAUCUCGGCCCGGCAUAGUGAGAUCCAGCAGCUUGAACGCAGUAUCCGUGAACUUCAUGAGAUUUUCACUUUUCUGGCUACUGAGGUGGAGAUGCAGGAGGAGACGAUCAACCGGAUUGAGAAGAACAUCUUGAGCUCAGCUGACUAUGUGGAACGUGGGCAGGAACAUGUCAAGCUGGCCCUGGAGAACCAGAAGAAAGCUCGGAAAAAGAAACUUAUGAUUGCCAUUUGUCUGUCCAUCACUGCCCUCAUCCUGGUGAUCAUCAUUUCUAUCUCAUUGAUAUGAUACCUUCGCACAUUCUCGGCACUAAGACCAUCUGGGACCCAGUAUCUGCCUUCUCUCCCAGGAGCUGGGGAGGGCAGAACAGAGCCUCCAGCCGGACCCCCACAUUCACCCCGUGCACAGGGGCAGACGGUUCUCUGGGGUUGGCAGCCAUUCAUUCAUGGGGGUCUUCUUGCUUGGGCCACAGUGCCUGGGGGAGGGCCUGCAGUGUCCUGUUUGGCUGGGACACACAGUUUUGUAAGAAAUUUAAACAAAAAAAGAGCUUGGAAACUCCCUUGUGUGUGUGUAUUUCUGGAAGGGCCAGCCCAGGGCCUCUAGGUGUCCAGCCUUCCCUCCUCUUGACCAUCCUUGGUACCAGGCCCAGCCCAGGCAGGUGCAGAGGAGACUGUCCUAGUGCAAAGCCCAUAGCCAACUGGCAUGGCUCUUCUGUUCUCCCACAGGAAUGGGGUGCUGGGGGGGGAGGUCUCACCCACAUCUGGCUGGGUACUUACUGUCCUGGGGAAAGACUGCUGUGCAUGACCUGAAGAAGUGAAGCUGGCCAGGCCAGACUGGGAUACAGGUGAGAGGUGUGUGUGUGACAUCAGUGGGCAUUCCUAACUUGAGAGAAAGAGGUAUUAGGGAAAAGUAAUUGAGUAAUUGAGGCUGUUAUUUUUGGAUACAACGUGCAGAAAGGGCCUGUCUGGCUGAGAGGAGUAGAAAGAGGGAGACAUGUUUGAGUUAACUGUUAAGUGAGAGGAGCCAAUUCUGGGGAAGAAGCAGGGCAAAGGGUUGCCAGGCAGAGGAAACAGCAGGCCUGGGCCAGGGCCUAGGAAAGGGCUUUGUCUUUGACAUAAGA